AUGGAUCCUUCAAGUCUCCUAUUCAAAGUAUAGACUCCAGUGGUCGUAGAUUCCGAAAUAGAAGGCACAACCAAAAUAACUUAUAUAGAACCAAUCAGAUUGCAAAAGCGAAGAGUAGUACUAGGCGUGCUCCUCUCCGUCAUCACAAGCUUCUUGUUCACUCUAGCUUGCAGUUGGUCCAAGAAACUUGUGAGAAAGUUCUUCUUCAAAGAAUCGCACAUGGAAAUGGCAACUCACAUGUGGAUCACUAACAAUGACAAUUCAAAUAACAUAUCCAAGUUAAUGAAUAAGCAAAACGAAAUCUAUUUCAUCAAUCGAAAACUAAACUACAUCUACAAUAGUUCAAUGAAUGCAUUCAAAGCACUUGAGUACGAUCUGAGAACCAAAAGAGAAUUGCUAUAAACCACUGGCGUGCAAUGUAAGCCAAAGAUUAAUCAACUUAGAGCCCAUCCUAUUACAAGAGAAGUACGGCAAAUGCUUGAUUGACAUUCCAAAGCCUAAUUUGUUUGUGUAUUUGGUGAAAGAAUUAACAGCCCCGUUCUACAUAUUGCAGUACUUGACCUGCUUUUUGUGGGUCUUAGAAGGUAAUUAUUGAGUAAACUAAAACAGACUUGGCAAUAUUGUCAAUAAUUAUGAUAUCUGUUUCAUUGAUAUUCACAACAAUAAACUUUUUACUUCUUCAGAAUUCAGCCUAGAAAUUAAGAAACAUGGCUAAGAGUUUGGCUUAGGUCUAAGUCUACAGAGGAGCAUAACCCUGCUAUUAACAAGGCCUUCAAUUUAAAAAGAUUGAUAGCAAAGAUUUAGUGCCAGGAGAUGUGAUUGCAAUUGACAAUAAAAUGACUUUGCCUUGUGAUUGCGUUCUGGUUUCUGGAGAUCUCCUGAUGAAUGAAGCCUCCUUGACAGGGGAAUCAAUACCUAUUCCCAAAAUUCCAGUCGAAGAUUUGGAUCAACCAGUUUCAUUCAUGACUGAUAAAAGACAUUGUUUAUACGAAGGCACAAAGGUUCUGCUUGCAAGACCCAAACAAUAACAUGUGGUAGCCAUCGUAGGUAGAACAGGAUUUAGCUCUUUUAAGGGGCAGAUUUUUAGGAGUGUCUUAUAUCCAAAAGUUUAACCAUUUGCCUUUUACGGUUAAGGAAUCAAAUAUUUAAUUUGUUUGGCUAUAUGUGUUUUGAUUGUCUAUUUUGCAUUGCUACCAAGAAUGAUUGCCGUUGGAUUCAGCUUCAUGAUCAUAUUCUUAAGAUUUUGGGACGCUUUGACUUGGAUUGUCCCUCCAGCCUUGCCUAUCUUUGUUUCAAUGUGUCAAACAUAUUCAUUGAUUAGGUUAAGACAAAAAGGUAUUUUUGGAAUUGACCCAACAAAAUCACUUGUAUCGGGUAAAAUCAAUACUGUCUGUUUUGAUAAGACAGGAACUUUGACUACAAUAGGGAUUGACAUGUUUGGAUAUCAAUUGAGAAAUCAAUAGAAAUUUGGAAAAUUUAUACUGAAAAAUUAAGUGAAAAUAAAAAAUAGUCUAGAAUACAAAUUAUUUGCUACUUGUAAUGGAACAUAUGAGAUUGAAGGUGAUUUAAUGGGUGAUAGUCUUGAUGUAGAGUUAUUUAAGUUUACUGAUUUUAAGAUUGAUAAGCACCCUCCACAAAAUGUGAAAUCCAGAGUUGUAAAUAGAGAGGGAAUUGUUUUGGAUGUACUAAAACUUUAUGAAUUUGAAUCUGCAUUACAGAGGAUGAGCGUACUAGUAAAAGACUCAGAUGAUUAUUAUGUAUUUGUUAAAGGCUCUCCUGAAAAGAUGGCAGAACUAUCUAUGCAAAACACCAUUCCGACAGACUUUAAGAAGAAUCUGAAUAUAUUAACUAUGAAAGGUCUAAGAAUCUUAGGAUUUGGAUACAAAUAAAUCACUUAAGAGGAAUGUGAAAGAUUGAUGAAUGCAAGUAGAUAAGAAUGCGAAUCAGAUAUUCAGUUUUUAGGAUUGUUGGCUAUGGAAAACAAAUUAAAAAAUGAUACUCCAUAGGUUAUUCAUUUAUUAAAUAAUGCAUGCGUUGAUCUCAAAAUCAUUUCAGGUGAUAAUCCCUUAACCACUGUAUAAUGUGCUAGAGAAUGCGGAAUAAUCCCUGUUUGUAGGCCAGUCUUAUUAUUAGAUUACAAUGAAAAAGAAGUAUUAAUAUUCUUAAUAUAAUAGCAAUAAUUGUCCUUAGAUGAAAUAGGUGUUUUUGAAGAUAACUUGAAUAACAAUCAAUCAAAAUUAAACAGUGAAAUUGAUAUACUCUUCGAUGAAGUUGAAGAUGUAAACGAAUAAACCUUAGAUCAUCAAUAGAUAAUGAAUAAAUUAGUUCAACAUUUAUUAACUGCUUAGAAUAUCAAAAGAUCUAUUAUUUCAGAAAAUGAUAAUCUUAGUGCUAGUCAUUGUUUUGCAAUGAGUGGCAAGGCAUUUGAUUAUUUUUGGGAUUAAUUACCUCAUGAAGAAAUCAAAAAACACAAUAGGUAAUCCUUUGCUGGAUUUGAAUAACCAAUAGAUAAUGUAGAAUAAUUAAAAAUACAAGGUUUAACUGAUGAAGAACUUCAUUAUAAGUUAUUUGCCUCAAUAUGUUUGAAGGCAAAAGUCUUUGCUAGAAUGAGACCUGAACAAAAAUCGAUGGUUAUCGAAAAGCUUCAGCAAUUAAAUAAAAUGGUAUUAAUGAUUGGUGAUGGAGCUAAUGAUUGUGCAGCCAUCAAAUAAGCAAACGUUGGAGUUUCAUUUGCUUAAAGUGAUGCUGCUUAUUCGGCUCCUUAUUCUAGUGCAGAUGAUAGCAUUGAUUGUGUGAGAUAGGUUCUCUUAGAUGGAAGAUGCACACUCUAAAAUGCUCUUGAAGUAUUCUAGUACUAUGUUGGAGCCAGUGUCAUAAAAUACAUCGCAGCCAUGAUAAAUAUGUCUUUUGGAUAAAACUUUGGAGAUUUGCAAUAUAUUGCUAUCAAUUACAUUGGAUCAUUGCCUUAUCUAAAAUCGAUAUCCCUAUCCAAGCCUUCAAUCCUUUUGACUAAAGAACUUCCAAAUGAAAGUAUGAUGGCUAUUUCGAACGCAGCCGUCUUAAGUUUCUAAAUCAUAGUGGCUUCAUUUGGUCUGAUCGUUAAUUUUCUGUAUUGGAAUAGUUUUGAAUGGGACAAUGAACCAGGAGUAAUCAAUGGUAAAUUCUCAAAGGAAGGAACAAUACAAACUACUCUUUUCAAAAGUAUUUAAAUCUACUUUAUCAUGGCUGUUAUUGCUAUUUACACUUCAAGACCAUUCAAAUAGAAACUCCUUACUCACAAAAUUAUGUUACUCUUCAUCUGCAUAAGUUUAUGUUUUACUUUAUGGAUCUUCUUCACUUAUUAAGAAUGGCAAUAUACGGUAUUUAAACUCUAUAACACAAAUGCAUAACAUGGGAGAUCCUAUAAUUUUAUACAAUUUAUCUUAACAAUAAUCGUCGGGUUGGUCAUGCUCUUAGGUGAUGAAUAUUUCAUAAAGAGAGUGUUUCCUAACAAUUAGAAAUAAAUAAAAAAGUCGAGAGUUAGACCAAGUAUAUAAAGUUAUGUUUCUUGA